AUGUCGUCGCAGGAUCAGGAUGUUAUUGAUAAGAUUUUCAGCACUGGCUACUCGCUGUUGGCAAGUGGGAACAAAGUGGUAUCGGACGCAGCGAAUAAAAUCAUCGAUAAUGUCAGUAGAAUUGGCACAGAAGCUGGAAAUAAGAGAUUCGAAGUGAAAAGUGUAGGUACUGUAGGUAGGAGUGGUAGGAGCCCCCUUGACUGGGUUUCAAGGAGAAAAAAUGGUAUUUUCUGGGGAUUGGGACUGACAGCUAUGGGGAUGCUGUUGUGGUGGCAGGUUGCCAACUUGGUGAAGGUGCCCAGCAGCUUGCCACAACAUAAAAAGAAAUGUGUGUUGGUACUUGGGGACAUGCGGGACCCCAUCAUAAGAUCACAAGUGAUGGAUCUUUAUAGAAGAAGAUUUGUGGUGUUCGUUUGUCCUGCCAGUGUGACGAAAAGAUCCAAUUAUGAAAACCAGCAGGAAGAGGAUGACUUUUUGCGGUUUAUUGGUCCAUCCUCGAGUUCUGACCUAGCAAAUUUUGUUGAGUUUGUCACCAAGAAGGGCGAGGACAAAUGUGAAUUGGCAUCGGUACUCUUCAUGCCUAAUCUUUCUUACUAUCCGACUGGGGAAAUGUCUGUAGGUGAACUAAAUUCUGAAAUUCAAACAAAUGUCUCAGUCUACUAUACCCUUCUAACGAAACUACUACCACACCUAACUAGUAAAAACACACAGUUAUUGCUCUUCAACCCUUCGUUAUCGUAUAACAUGUCGAUCAGUCAUCACUCUGUGGAGAUUUUAAUAUCCGGGCUAAUGCAAGGUGUCUAUCGUUCAUUGAAAAAUCACAAGAGAGUUUCCACGUAUAUGAUACACAUCGGAAUGUUACAGGUAGCUGCGCAACCUUCUAAUUACAAGUACCUGAGUAUUCGGGGUUCAAAUAUCAACGACGACAUGUUACUACCCGUUUACAGAUUAAUCGCAUCCCAUCAAGGCAAUUGGUUGUUAAGAUUAGGUAAUUGGAUCAGAACCUUUGGUUCAUUGAAUCGCAAUGUAUAUUGUGGCAAAAGGAGCUACAUUUCAGGUCUACCAUUUUCAGAAAUUAUUGCUUUGCUAAUAAAUUGA